UUAGGAGGCGGCCCGGGCGGCAGCGGCGGCAGCUCGAGGAGGAGGGCGCAAAGUCCUUUUGUACGCAGAAAUAAGGAGCGACAUUGUAUUUUCUUCCACGGCUGAGAUGCUGCCCGUGGAGGAGCCCCGGUUCUUCCAGUGCCUGGGGUGGUGGUCCCCUGGGUGAGGGAGAGGGGGAGUGGCGCGACCCUCGGCAGGAACCGAACCUUUGCCACUGGAAAGAUAGGGGCUCUUGGAUGGUCUCGGACAUGGUUACUAUACCAUAUCCGCGGACUUUCGGGGACUCGAGGGUUUGUCCCUGCAUGUUAUCCACUUCACUGUGCCGUGAUGAUGUCCAUUGUUUCUCUCACCUGUUGUGCGUCGUUGCUGGUCCCAAAGUUUCUACAGUGCAUCUGUCUGACUGCUCUUCAGGACUUGAAGUUGUUUAAAAAUCUUAAUAUUUUCAGGGCUUCGAGUGGUGCUCCAGCCAGUUGGAGGAGCUGUUGUUUGGCCUCUAUCCCUUCCUUUAAAGCAUCAGAUUCGAAUAUAUUAAUUGCUUACCUUAGAGCUGGUGUCAGUGUGCUAAAGUCUUUCUGUGGUCAAAGUAAAAUGCACAUUUUCUUAGUGUGUAGAGGCAAUGUAGGGAAACUCUUAGAGUGAAAGGUAGUGUGAGUGAACCUGUCACCAGCUUUGUCCCGGACAUUAUCUACAGUUACAGUGAUCCUUUUCCCACUUCAUCUCUGCCCAACCUUGAAAAAAAAUUUCUUAUCCUUUGGCUGUGAACAUAUUUGAAAAGGCAUGCUGAUUUUUUGGUUUCUGGAAGGACUAUGAACUGUCAGCCUUUAGAAGCACACCCCCCCAGUCCUCUGGCCAGCAGGAAGUUAUUGCAUACUUCUGGUAUCUUUAGUAGAUCUUCAUGGAGGAACACGGAGUGACCCAAACUGAACACAUGGCUACGAUAGAAGCCCACGCAGUGGCCCAACAAGUACAGCAGGUCCAUGUGGCCACCUACACUGAACACAGUAUGCUGAGUGCUGAUGAAGAGUCACCUUCUUCUCAAGAAGACACCUCUUAUGAUGAUUCAGACAUACUCAACUCCACAGCAGCUGAUGAGGUCACGGCCCAUCUGGCCGCUGCAGGUCCUGUGGGAAUGGCCGCUGCUGCUGCUGUGGCAACAGGAAAGAAACGGAAACGGCCUCAUGUGUUUGAGUCUAAUCCAUCUAUCCGGAAGAGACAGCAAACACGUUUGCUUCGGAAACUUCGAGCAACAUUAGAUGAAUAUACUACUCGAGUGGGACAGCAAGCUAUUGUCCUCUGUAUCUCGCCCUCCAAACCCAACCCUGUCUUUAAAGUGUUUGGUGCAGCACCUCUGGAGAAUGUGGUGCGUAAGUACAAGAGCAUGAUCCUGGAAGACCUGGAGUCCGCCCUGGCAGAACACGCCCCUGUGCCACAGGAGGUUAACUCAGAGCUGCCGCCUCUCACCAUCGAUGGAAUUCCAGUCUCUGUGGACAAAAUGACCCAGGCCCAGCUUCGAGCAUUUAUUCCAGAGAUGCUCAAGUACUCCACAGGUCGGGGAAAACCAGGCUGGGGCAAAGAAAGCUGCAAGCCCAUCUGGUGGCCUGAAGAUAUCCCAUGGGCAAAUGUCCGAAGCGAUGUCCGCACAGAAGAGCAAAAGCAGAGGGUUUCAUGGACCCAAGCGCUACGGACCAUAGUUAAAAACUGUUACAAACAGCAUGGGCGGGAGGACCUUUUGUACGCUUUUGAGGAUCAGCAAACGCAAACACAGGCCACAACCACACACAGUAUAGCCCAUCUGGUACCAUCGCAGACCGUAGUCCAGACUUUUAGUAACCCUGACGGCACUGUCUCACUCAUCCAGGUUGGUACAGGGGCAACGGUAGCCACAUUGGCUGAUGCUUCAGAAUUGCCAACCACAGUCACUGUUGCCCAAGUGAAUUACUCUGCUGUGGCAGAUGGAGAGGUGGAACAAAACUGGGCCACGUUACAAGGAGGUGAGAUGACCAUCCAGACGACGCAAGCAUCCGAGGCCACCCAGGCGGUGGCGUCACUGGCAGAGGCCGCAGUGGCAGCUUCUCAGGAGAUGCAACAGGGAGCUACAGUCACCAUGGCACUCAACAGUGAAGCUGCUGCCCAUGCUGUCGCCACACUGGCCGAAGCCACCUUGCAAGGGGGGGGACAGAUCGUCCUGUCUGGGGAAACCGCAGCAGCCGUUGGAGCACUUACUGGAGUCCAAGAUGCUAAUGGGCUGGUCCAGAUCCCCGUGAGCAUGUACCAGACUGUGGUAACCAGCCUCGCCCAAGGCAACGGGCCGGUGCAGGUGGCCAUGGCCCCUGUGACCACCAGGAUAUCAGACAGCACAGUCACCAUGGACGGCCAGGCUGUGGAGGUGGUGACGUUGGAACAGUGACAUGCAGCCACACCACGGCCUUGUUUUCUAGUCUACUUCAGAAAUUUUUACACAUUUGCAGAGGUGCAAUCAAAUGGAAUUAAGUCUCUCGACUUUGGAAGAAAGUAUUGUUAACCCUUUUUUUAAAAAGGAAGAAAGAGGAUUUUGGAAUUGCAUUUUUUAAAGCACCACUCUUGAUUUCCUGGGAUUGGUGAAGGAAGAUACUGCGUGGUCAAUUUCACUGUCCCGAAAAAGCCAAAUUGUGGCAGGACUUCUUUCUGCGAAAAUAUGUGUAUACUUAAUGUGUGUAUGUGUGAGUGUGAAUAUAUGUAUAUGUGUACAUACGGAUUUACACAUUUACAUAUAUAUAAAGUAUAUAUAUAUGUACAUAUAUAUAUAUAUAUAUAUAUAUAUAUGAAACCCGCAUGGAAUUAUCUGUAUGAAAUUAAGGUGCGCUGUGGGAAAAAAAAUAAUUCACCCAGUUUAUUGGGUGUAGGGUACGUGGCCAGACACAGUCACCUGAUUUUUGUUCAUACCAGGGUCAUGCGUUGAGCUACUGACAAACUCAGGUGGAGGUGACCAUGGCCUUCACCAAAGCUGCCUCCCAGUGGCUACCCAGAACUCUCCCUGCUGGACUCGCCUGAGGAAGGAAGUUCCAGAACGGGCGGGGUCCAGAACUGUGCUUGUAAGGUCCAGGGGCCUCGUGGCUUGGCGGCCGAGACGCUCCUCGGGCUGGCCCCGGUGCCGACCUUGCCGCAGGCAGGUGGGUGUCCUUACGGCUCCCAGGCGGGGAUGGGGAGUGUUCUCAGCCUCCCUUCUCCUCCCCUUCCCAGGAAACCUCCUUGAUCUCGUGACUGUUAAAAUAUUGCUUUGGUUUUAAGGUCAGUCCUAAAUUGGUCGUAUAUAUGAACUGAGAGUAACAGAAGUAUUAAGGGUUUGAGGAGUGUG